GCACAUAUUUAUUCAUUUUAAGUUCCAAUUUUAUCAAUAAUACUUUUUUACUACUAUGUAUGUAAUAUAGUAGUAUAUUCAUUAUUUGAUCACAACGAACAGUAAUGAUAAAUAAUGGUAAUGGCAGAUGAAAACAUGGUACAGAACGCAGUUCAGCCACAAGAAAAUAAUCUCGAAGGUGAUGAAAACGAAUGGGAAAAUGAAGAGAACGAAGAAAAUUGCAAUAAUGCCGAAUUCGAAGCUAUAAAUGAUCAGCUGGAAAAAAUUAAUUCAGUUUUGGAUAAAAUUGAACAAAAAAAUGACGAUAUUCGUGCAGAAUUGAUUGAAUUUCUACAAUCAAAUCGAGAAACAAGAAAACAAUUUCAAGAAUGUCAAGAUUCUGUAAAGCCCGAUUUGUAAUACUGUAUUUUGAACAGAUUUUAACGAUGUUUUUAACAUUGAUUUUAAACGUAUUUCCCACGGUAACAGCUGCAAAGGUUUUUUGUUGGUAUUGAA